AUGUAUAUAUAUAUUUAUAUAUGUGCGUAUUCCUUCACCCACAUCGCAUAUUUGCAGCCAUAAUACCCAAAAACGUCGACUCACAACAUGUCAAAGCACGUAGCUACGAUAAUCAUUCUACUAGCAAUACAUGCAGCCGUAUACGACGCAAACGCUCAAAACUGCGGCUGUGAACGCGGCUUUUGCUGCAGCCAGUACGGAUACUGCGGCCAAACUGUUGAAUACUGCGGUGCGGGUUGCCAAGAAGGACCGUGCCUUGCCCCUCCGCCUACUAACGACGCUGUCGUGGCCGAUAUCGUCACCCCUGGUUUCUUCGACGGAAUCAUCGAUCAGGCCGCGUCUAGCUGCGAGGGGAAGAGGUUUUACAGCCGAGGAGCGUUCCUCGAGGCGCUCAGAUUGUAUCCUCGGUUCGGCCGGAUUGGAUCUAGCGAUGAUUCCAGGCGCGAGAUCGCCGCGUUCUUUGCUCACGUCACGCAUGAGACCGGACAUUUCUGCUACGUAGAAGAAAUAGACGGACCUUCCAAGGACUAUUGCGACGAGACUUCAACACAAUAUCCAUGUAAUCCGAGCAAGGGCUACCACGGCCGCGGACCGAUCCAACUCUCGUGGAACUACAACUACGGACCAGCCGGAAAUUCCCUCGGAUUCGACGGCCUUAACGCACCUGAAACCGUGGCCACGGACCCCGUCCUCUCCUUCAAAACCGCCCUUUGGUACUGGAACAAUAGGGUUCAGCCCGUUGUCUCGCAAGGUUUCGGCGCCACCAUCCGUGCCAUUAACGGAGCGUUGGAGUGCGACGGUGCAAACACGGCCACCGUCCAGUCGAGGGUUGGGUACUAUACUCGGUAUUGCAGCCAGUUUGGUGUAGCGCCGGGAGAUAAUCUCACUUGUUGAGUAAAGUUUUCAUUUUUGAACCAUGAAUUUUUUAAACGUAUAAAAUAAUGUAAGCCAGUUAUUUUA